AUGGACAGACGUGUCAAGAUAUGGAUCAUAGGAUCCAUCGCAGCGGCCUUCAGCAUUGGGAGCAGUGUUCUGAAUGUGGUCUUUGCUUAUCAUCUUUCAGAAUAUCCAGUACUUUCAGCCCUUCGAGUGCUACUCUUCGUCGCCUUUGCCAUCAGCCUGUUGAACUUGGCCAGCAUCGUCUGUUUCUGUACGUUGUAUGUCAAGAGUCUCAGCACUCAUUCGCUGGGAUCCAAAUCGAAAACAUGGUGUAUCUAUAGUGGCGGCGGCGCCGCGGCGUUCAUCAGUAUUGCCAUCUCUGGUGUCACUUUGGUGUACAUCACCAUCAAGCAAAGCGAGAUCAUCAACAAGGUGCUGGGCGUGACCCCGAUGACCUUGAUUGCGGCAUGGUUCGGAGUUUGGGGAGUCUCUGCAGGAUUGCAGAUCUUGCUGUUCUGCUUCUUGGGCAUGUGGACACGGGUUGUUCUCAAGAACCAAAGGGCUAGCCGACUGGAUAUGGAUUUUGGCAGAGCGUCCAUGCAUGAUAUCUCAAGAACGAAUACGCACCGUACAGGGCGUUCUUUUGGGUCACAGGAUAUCACACUAAACUCACCUCCAAGGACACCAGUAUCUCGGGGAGGGUCAGACACACGACGAUCGUCAUCUACAAGAGUUAGGCCUGGAUCGUCUAGGACAAAGCUUAUGCGACCUUCUGCAAAAUCAUCCCUCGAGAUCAUGCCAUUUCCCGCGGCGGAAGCUGUCUCGAUCGACAGUGCCUUUGACGAUUGGGAUACGUCUUCGGUACAUUACGAAAUGCGGAGUGCCAUUGGCUCCUCACCACCAACAACUCGUGGAGGUCUCGCAACAAUACCAGGCAGUCGACCGGAAUCACCAGCCAAUGCUUUAGAUGGCCCGUAUCUCCCAGACUCUCCCAUAAGCAGUUCGCCACCCCAUGCUACCACAUCUGACACAGCUACCGCCCUAGGUUGGUCUAGCUCAUCACCACGGCAGCUCAAGUCUUCACCUCCAUCAAGUCCACCUCCAAACUUCUCUCGUCCCACAUCAUCCCACAAGGACAACAAACCGCCACCAAAGUUCCAAAAAUUCGAUCCUUCCAUGGACGACCUCAUCCACCCUUUAUUCCGACCUAAUAGCCCUCAUCCACCACCAAUUGCCACGAUGGGGACCAUGGUAACCGCCUCUCCCAUGGCCGACCAGCUGAUCACGCCCAAGACCCUGGCGCGUCUGCGAAGCAACUCGAACAUCGGAUCUCCCCCUCCAAGCUUGCCGCAGCCAAGUAGAGAGCGAUCGGAGACGGUGACUUCAGUCGGCUCUGUCCCUGAUAGUCCUACCUUGGGGAGCGAUGGGCUGGGAAGUCCCGGUCCAUCGAUCGUGGACGACUUGGAACUACCUCCUAUUCUACCAGGAUUUGUGUUAUCGGCAGGCUCAAGGAGCAGUCUGGUGGAAUAUGGAAAACGGAAAAGCACCAAGGACAGGCCGAAGUCUCACUUGUCGGUGGGUAGCCGGCUGAGCGAGAUGCUUCUUUGA